UGGUGUUUUUACGGUUUUACUGAGUUCUUGUCUGUAUGCGGAGUACAGCUCCUAUGUAUCAUGAAGUUACAGUAGUUUACAUUUGUAUGAUUGUUUCUAAAAAUAGUUUCUCCUUCCUAAUAUUGAUUUCCCCUUUUUCUCUCUCUCACACUGGAGCACUGAAACCUGCACUCCUCCCCGAACACACAUCUUGCCUUUACGCUCAUUCUCUCGGUGAUAAUACCAGUUCUCUGGUCCGUAAAUUUUUUUGUUAAUUAAUUAAUUGACCUCGAAGGGGAUGAGGAUAUCUGUUAUAGGGUGUGAGAGAAGUCUUCCAUGUGCUGUACACAGGUGGCUAUCAUUGAAGGGAGCUCCUGAUUCAUUGCUUGAAGUAAGCACUAAGCAGUAUCACGGCGUUUUUUGUCUUAUGGGAAUGGUAGGAAGCUCAGAUUACGUGUAUUACAAUUUUCCAUUUGCCUUGGAGCUUGAGUGCAUGAAGAUGAAUAUGGGCAGAAUGGAUUUAACAGAUCACAACUUUGGAUCCUCAGAGUCGGAGGAAUCUGCUUUGGAUUUAGAGAGGAAUAACUGUAAUAAUCACGAAUCGAGUCCUGCGUCUUUCCAAGCAGGCGGCCAGGUCAGCGAGAGUAGUGCCGCCUACUUCUCGUGGCCCGCUUGCCGGAUAGCGCCUUGUGCGGAAGACAGAGCACUGUACUUUGGUAAUCUUCAGAAAGGGGUUUUGCCCGAAACUCUGGGCCGGCGCCCGACUGGCUUGCAGGCCACCAUGCUGCUGGAGGUGAUGACGAUCAGGUCAUUUCACAGCAAAUUUUUACGGAGGUUUAGUCUUGGAACUGCAAUUGGCUUCCGGAUCACGAGGGGCUCGUUGACUGAUAUACCAGCUAUUUUAGUCUUUGUGGCUAGAAAAGUUCACAGGCAGUGGCUCAGCCCUGCACAAUGCCUGCCUACUGCUCUCGAGGUUGGGGGGGGACCUGGAGGGAUUUGGUGUGAUGUUGAUGUUGUUGAGUUCUCUUACUAUGGGGUGCCUGCAGCCACACCAAAAGAGCAAAUGUACACGGAACUCGUGGAUGGUUUUGGUGAAAGUGAUCCAUGCAUUGGAUCCGGUUCACAGGUUGCGAGCCAAGAAACUUACGGAACCUUGGGUGCUAUCGUGAAAAGCAGAACAGGAAGCAGGCAAGUAGGUUUUCUGACUAAUCGACACGUGGCAGUUGAUCUAGACUACCCGAGCCAGAAAAUGUUUCACCCGUUGCCUCCCAGUCUUGGGCCGGGGGUUUAUUUAGGUGCCGUGGAAAGGGCAACGUCAUUCGUAACUGAUGAUCUUUGGUAUGGCAUUUUCGCCGGUACUAACCCAGAGACAUUUGUCCGAGCGGAUGGCGCAUUCAUACCUUUUUCGGACGAUCUCAAGAUGGCCAAUGUGACCACACUCGUGAAAGGCGUUGGACAAAUCGGCGAGGUCAACACGAUUGACCUGCAGUCGCCAAUCAGCAGCAUCGUCGGGCGGCGAGUCGUGAAAGUCGGCAGAAGCUCUGGCCUUACAGUUGGCACCAUAAUGGCUUACUCCCUCGAGUACAAUGACGAAAAGGGUAUGUGCUUUUUCACCGACUUUCUUGUUGUGGGCGAAAACCAGCAAACAUUCGACCUCGAGGGAGAUAGCGGGAGCCUCAUCCUGUUGACUGGUCAAGACGGGGAAAAGCCUCGACCCGUCGGCAUAAUUUGGGGAGGAACAGCUAACCGGGGCCGACUGAAGCUGAAAGUCGGCCAGCCCCCGGAAAAUUGGACUAGCGGAGUCGAUUUAGGUCGACUUCUUGAUCUCCUGGAACUCGAUAUCGUCACUUCCAAUGAGGCCCUUCACGCUGCACUAGAAGAGCAGAUAAACGCAUCAGCAGCAAGGGUUGACUCGAUCGUGGGAGAAUGUUCUCCGAAACACAAAUGCGAAGCGAACAAUGAUUCUCGACUUAACCUAAAUCAGCUGCCCGAGGUUGAUGAGUUUCACAUUGAAAGUAGCUCGUCUGAGGUGCAGUUCAUCCCGAGUCAAACCCUCGUUGACCAACACCAACAAGAAAGGACUUGUCUGAAAAAACUGUCGGACGAGCCCCAAGGUGAGGUUUCUGUUUCACUCAGGCUUGGCGAACCCGACCCCAAGAGAAAAAGACCAUCCGAGUCUCUGCCAACCGGGCCUUCAUGAGGAAACACUAUUGCUACUGCUAUAUUCUUUUGCAUUUGGAUUUAUAUAUAUAUAUAUAUAUUUGUGCUGAGAUAUAUACACAAUGCUGAGAGGCAAAUGGUUAGAUGGGAGACUGUAAUUGUUUUGGUUGAUUGUUUGAAUCUGUCAGGGACUGCAACAACUCAAUUGUGUAUGCCUGAAAUGUGUGAAGCUAAUAAUAAAACUGAAAUUAGAACCAAAAAAAAAAAAGUGGAUUAGAAAUUUUUGGAAUAUUGUUUGUAGCAUCUGAAUAUACUCUGCCCUUCUGUCUACUGUGUGUCAACUUUGGACACGAA